GUGGAGGCGGUUUUAAACUGUGGCGGGUGGCAGAAGGUCGUGGUGCUGCGCAGCCCCUCUAAUGGAGCCCGUUCUGAAAGGUGUUUCUGCAUUUGUAGACGUUUGGUCAUCUAACAGAAGAGAAAAUUACUCAAAACCUUUUGAACAGCAACUUCUUGACAUGGGAGCAAAAGUUUCAAAAGGUUUGAACAAGCAUGUGACCCAUGUAGUCUUCAAAGAUGGACAUUUGGCUAAAUGGAGAAAAGCACAGAAGAUGGGUGUAAAAAUAGUUUCUGUACUCUGGGUGGAAAAGUGUCGACAAACUGGACUACACGUUGAUGAAUCCUUAUUUCCCGCAAUAGCUGUUAAUGAAGAAUUCCCACUACUGAUGAAAAAACACAGAUGUAUGCAACCAAAAGACUUCGUUGAAAAGACUCCAGAAAAUAGUAGAAGGAUGCAGAGAAGACUGGACCAGCUGGCUAAAGAAUUAGCUGAACAAAAGAGAGCAAUUAGUGCUGAAACUGAUGUGCCAGUUCUACUAUUUGAAGACGAUGGUUCGCUUGUAUACCGCCCUGUUAAUAGAGUGAAAGGUCUGGGCACUGAAAUGGAAAGCAGAAUAAAGGAGAUGAAGGAAAAAGGAGAAAAUCUUUCUCCUACUGGAGAACAAAUGGAUGAUCGCAUGAACUCAAGUUGUGAUUAUACUUGGGAAACAGAUAAGAGACAGGAAACAGAGGCAGUAAAACACACCUCUGAUGCUUUGACUGAUGUUCAGGUAUCUAUGAGUGCAUCAGUGAGUUCUCCCUCAUGCAGCUAUGGGCAGAAGAGCUUAACACCAAAACAGCAUGGCAGAGGAAGCGUAAAGAAAUGGAUUUCACAGCAUACUUUGGAUGACAAAUUGUCUUUUGAAAAGGAAGAUCUAAAAAAGCUUACAAAGGAAAAUCAUAAGGAUGAAAAUAGCAUGAGUACAUCAGCUGCAAAUGACGGGACUCUUCUACACUGCAAGAGCUUGGGUCAGAUUACUUCUUAUGAAAAAACAGCCACAUUAAAUACUGUUCCUGCUUUGAUUGGCAGUAUUUCUAACUCACCUACCAACAGUGAAGAACUGAAUACUACUUUAUUAUAUAGAAGCUGCCCUGUUGACAGAAACCAUAGUGCUGCCCGUAAGAUGAGGAAGAAAGUACAAACACCAUCUAGUUGGAAACGGACUACCUCAAAACCAGGUGCAUCAGGGUCUGAAGAGUUCUUAAAAGCAAUUACUACACAUAACAAGUCUUUUUGCACUGAAGAUACUUCUUAUGAAGACUUCUUUUCAUCAUAUAAUUUGAAUGAAGAGUUAGUACAGCCCAAUGGGAGAUUCAGAAAAAUGAGAAGACUCCAAAAGCUGACAAGGACACUGGUUAUGACAAAUAUGUCUUCGAAUCAAAAUAUAGUAAUUCAAGCAGUGAAUAAACUUGGAAACUUUUUGUUCUCAGAGGAUGUAUGUGAAACACCAAGUCAUGUAGUUGCAGGGAGUCCUCAUCAUAUCUUGAAUGUUUUGCUGGGAAUUGCUCAUGGGUGUUGCAUUGUUUCUUUUGAAAGGGUCUUAAUGUCUCUAGAACUGGACCAUCGGAUCUCAGAGGAACCUUAUGAGCUUUCAUUCGGCUUCCCUGCAGCUCCUACUACCUCGUUUAAUAACCAAAUACGCUAUCAGUAA